AGAGAGAGGGGAGAGAAGGGUCAAAACUCUCUGAAGGCACCAAAAGCAUCUCCGCCAAGGAUAUGAUCACACAAGCCUCAGCUUCUUAGAGAGAGAGAGAGAGAGAGAGAGAGAGAGAGAGAGGAUGGGUCGCGGGAAGGUGGAGCUGAAGCGGAUCGAGAACAAGAUCAGCCGGCAGGUGACGUUCGCGAAGCGCCAGAACGGGCUGCUCAAGAAGGCGUACGAGCUCUCGCUGCUGUGCGACGCCGAGAUCGCGCUCAUCAUCUUCUCCGGCCGCGGCCGCCUCUUCGAGUUCUCCAGCUCAUCAUGCAUGUACAAAACACUCGAGAGAUACCGCAGUUGCAACUACAACUCACAGGAAUCAAAAGCUCCUCUGGACAGUGAAAUUAAUUACGAGGAUUAUUUGAAGUUGAAGACCAGAGUUACAUUUCUUCAAACUACACAAAGAAAUAUUCUUGGUGAGGAUCUGGGUCCACUUAGCAUGAAGGAGCUCGAGCAGCUUGAGAACCAAAUAGAGAUAUCCCUGAAACAUAUCAGAACAAGAAAGCAUCAAGCGUUGCUUGAUCAGCUCUUUGAUCUGAAAAGUAAGGAGCAAGAAUUGCAGGAUCUUAACAAAGACCUGAGGAAAAAGUGCCAGUUGCAAGAAACAUGUGGAGAGACUGCGCUACAUAUUUUGUGGGAGGAAGGUGAGCACAGUGGCGCCAGUGGAAAUGCUAUUGAGCCUUAUCAGGGAUUCCUGCAGCACCCAGAGAAUGAUCCCCUCCUGCAGAUUGGAUAUCAUCAACAAGCCUGCAUGGACCAGCUGAACAACGAGGACAUGGCGGCGGCUCACCACGCUAACGAGCACGGCAGAUCUGGGUGGAUAUGAUGGGGCUGGCAAGAUGAUUCAAUAAGCUGAUGCGUGGCCUGGCAGGAAUUCAUCCCCGCAGGAUGCAGUUCCGGUCCCUCUGUAUAUUGAAACUACUCUUGAGACUUCCCCAGCAAUGAGGGAAUAGGGGAAUAAUUGGAGCACGUAUUGGUAAUGGGCAGCGUGGCGCCUCCGUAGUGUGGGCUUGGACAGACUGUAAUGGCAAAUUUGACAUCUCGUAUUCUCGUGUGCAGAGCUUGAAACUUUAUAUAUAUUUGGUAUUUUGUGUGGU